UUCAUCUCUGGCUCUACAAAACCUGUGCAGCAUCCCAGCUGAUGCCCCAACAUUCAGCUUCUGCCAAGAGGACAGACGCAAGAGGAAGACAAAAAGAAAUCAUCCUUUCAAUUCCAUCACGGAGCGAGGAGUAGGAGGAGUCAGCCGGGUGAGAUAGUGAUGCUCCCAGCAGGUGCCAACAAGUGAGAGGUAGCCGAGAGACCGAGAACCAGAGAGAUGGAGAAGAGUCUGUGAGAGCAGAAGAAGAGAAACAGCUCGGGGAGAAACCAAACAACAGCCAGUGUAUUUUCAGUCCUCCUGCUCCAGAUUUUCCUGUCCGUCAUCUCUGCUGCCAUGCUGUGUCCUGUGCUGCUUUGUGCCACCCUGCUCCUCCUGACACCUCUGGAGAUCACGGAGGCUCGGGCUCUGCACCCUUCUCCUGAUGCUGUGCAGUUUAUGGAGCAGUUUCUGGAACGCUACAAUGACCUUUUGACCCUGGACGACCUGGAGAACCUGUUGAACAGCCAGCCAGAGGAGCAGUCCACCUUCUCCUCGGGGUCCAAAGCUGCCGAGUACCCCAAAUGGGCUGACGCACAAACGCAGGCGGAGACCCCCUGGCUGCGCCUGCUGAAGGGCGCUCUGGCCAAUCAGAAGCGAGCAGAGCCAGACCGGUCACGGAGGGGAUGGAACCGAGGGUGCUUUGGGCUGAAACUGGAUCGGAUCGGGUCCAUGAGUGGACUGGGCUGUUAGUUGAGAGAAAUGAAAGACUGAUGACAUCCUUCUUAGAGUAUAAUAAGGAAAAUCACACAUGCAAAGGCGUUCACGUGCACUGAAGGAUGUUUACAUGUGUGUAGACUACAUGUAGUAUGGUGUAAACUUGCAAAAUGUGGUUUCAUCCAGCGUAGAUCAGAUGCUUCACACUAUCGUGGCUGUUUUAACCGCAGCUGUAGUUUAUUCCAUGUGUAAGUAUUAAACUGAAUAUUAUGUGAGCUAUUUACAUCAUCUUCUAUUGUUGGGCUUGUUUUUUUUUUUCUUUUUUAAGUAAAUUGGCACUUUAUGUUUUUCUAGCAUUUGUCUACGUACAGUAAAUGUGAUUAGACGGUUGUUAGAUCUGUGGGUGGGGGUCGUGUGUAAAAUCAUGUUUAAUGAACGUAGAUAUUAAAAAAAUGAUGCCA